UCAAAUCAAAUUCUCAGAGAUCUCCACAGCCUGACCUUCUCUGCUCCAAAUCCUUCAACAUUCAAAUCCCAUCACGUAAAUCCUCCCGAACUCCCUCCCGUUUUCCCCCUUUCUCUCCGUCUUCUCGUGUUUCUGUGUGGAAUUGAUGGCGGGAAUCAGAUUUCCACCGGAAGAAUCGGAGCUGAUCCCUCAGCAGCAGACGACGAGAGCGGCAGCCGCCGGAGAUCUGGUUUCCGAUGACGAGCGGUCGGUGGCGGCGGACUCUUGGUCCAUCAAGAGCGACUAUGGUAGCACUCUCGAUGACGAGCAGCGCCACGCAGACGCCGCUGAGGCCCUCUCGUCUGCUAAUUUUCCUCCGUCUUCCGAGUAUAGUUCUGACAAGGAGGAACCAGAUGUUGAAGCUGUGCCAUCAAUGCUAGGUCUCCAGAGUUACUGGGAUGCUGCAUAUGCUGAUGAGUUGGCAAACUUUCGGGAACAUGGCCAUGCUGGUGAAGUUUGGUUUGGAGCUGAUGUCAUGGAUGCUGUUGCUUCUUGGACUAAAAGCUUGUGUAUUGACAUGUCACGAGGUCACAUACCAAAUCAUCUUGAUGACAUCAAGUCUGAACCUGUUGAACAGCCUGAUAAAUAUUUGUCUGGUUGGAGUGUGCUUGAUAUUGGGACUGGAAAUGGUCUGCUUCUCCAAGAACUUUCUAAGCAGGGGUUCUCUGAUUUGACAGGCAUUGAUUACAGUGAAGGGGCAAUAGACCUUGCUAAAAGGCUUGCUGAUCGUGAUGGGUUUUCCAAUAUUAACUUUUUGGUUGAUGAUGUUCUUGAGACAAAAUUGGAACGGCAGUUUAAACUUGUCAUGGAUAAAGGAACUCUGGAUGCUAUUGGAUUACAUCCUGAUGGCACUAUCAAAAGGAUCAUGUAUUGGGAUUCAGUUUCCAAGCUGGUCGCUCCUGGGGGAUUAUUAGUGAUCACAUCAUGUAAUAACACGAAAGAAGAAUUGGUGCAAGAAGUAGAGAACUUUAACCAAAGAAAAGCUAAUUUGUCACAGAAUCCUGAUGUUCCUGACUCAGAAGUUUGCAGAGAUCCUCCCUUCCAAUAUGUCAAUCAUGUUCGCACAUACCCAACGUUCAUGUUUGGUGGAUCAGUGGGUUCGCGUGUUGCAACGGUUGCAUUUGUUCGUAACUGAAUAGAUUUGCCUUUUUGUCAUAGGUGGUGGCUUACUCGUAGGAUCAGUCUUUUAAUUGAUGAUGUUCCAGGUGUUUUGAGUGCAGGAGAUUGAAUCAUCUAAUUCUGGGAAAUAUUUAUGUUUGAAAAUCAAUUGAAAUCACCAUAUCCUGCUUUUUAA